AUGAAGUACCUGCACAAGUAUGUUCCAGUUUCACAGGAUGGAAAGCCCUAUCCUAUCCUCUGCCAUGGGGACCAACUCAGUGUGGAGAGGAUGGUGGACGCGAAACUCUCUAUGGCUUUCAGUGAGGAUGAGACAGACCAACUGAAGGGCCUCAUUCCUCGUCCCCAAGGCUUUCACAAGAGAUGUAUUGUACUGCAGGACUCUAUGAACUCUCUCUUUAGUGGAAGCACAGUAGGGGAUAAAGGAUCCUUGUUCCAGAUAAAAAACAAGUUUGGGUUUCGUACUGUAAAGAAAAAAACAUCAGACUGUGUGAAUUCCUGUGUAGAUUUCUUCAACUUUGUGACUGAAUCAAGUGUGUGUCUCAUUGUGUGCAACUUACUCAAUAUAGACAACAUAGAUGAGAUUUGUCAAACAAUUCCAACAGAUCAUGCAGCAGUUCAAAAUCUCUUCAUGAACAUUUGUGAACAAGUCAUCAAUCUGGUUUGGCCUCAAAUUGACAAGCAGUCCAUCCAACAGGCAAUACGAGGAGAUGACAGUCUGGUCAAUCAGGAGUCCACCUCAGAUUCUGAAGACCCUAGGUUUCUGGAUGACACCAUUGACUAUUGGAAUGACGACUAUGACUCCUCCCUUGACGAGACAUUGCCAUACUAUGAAGAAAAUGAAGAUGAUGAUUUUGAAGAGGAACUUACAGAGACGCAUCAAGAGAGCCACGAUUCUGUGUUCAAUUACAGUCGGUGCAUGGUUUGGCGAGGUCUACUUCAUAUGGUGCAGACAUUAGCCGAACGUGAAAAUGAUGGCCACCAAAUCAUCGCGGACUGGAGACUCGACAUGGUCCACUUCUGGAAUAACAACCACAACAAGUAUCUUAUUUUGGGCCAUCGGUUAUUGGCAGGUAAUACCAAAUGCAAUGAAUGAGAUUUUGUACAAGUACAUGUAGAGAAAUUUGAAUCAUUUUAAUUUUUACCGUAUACUUCAGGAGUAAGUGGAUGGCUUCCAGCACGAAUCAGGCACGAACUGAUAUGGAAUAGCACAGCAAAUCUUGUCGGUAAACCUGGCCACAACAUAGCCUUAGACCUUGUAAAUGAGUUCCUGAACAAUGAAUUCAAAGGUGAAGGCAAACUAUUUGUAUUCACUAAAUUACGAAAUAAAUACAUGUAAUAAAAAAGCAAUAAUCAAAAGUAGUUAUUAACUGUAUGUUAUUAUCAA